AUGUCUUCGAUCAAUCUAUCAACAGGCAAUAUUAAUCCACCUACUGCAACUUCUUUAACACAAAACCCAUCAAGUAAUCCAGUUUCAAAGAUUCCAGAAGAAACUACAGCCUCUAGCAAAAUCAGUAACCAGGAACCUAUAUCCUCCUUCUCCUCCUCUACCGCCUCCACUAAGCGCACCCUCUCCGACCGCUCACCGCAACUCCAACCUUUCGACCAAGUGAGCCGCCCCCACCGCAAGAUCAAGUCACACAACAUCGACUUCCUUAUGAACCCCACCACCGCCUUCGACUUUGGGCCCACUCAGCAACCCGUCCAACAGUCUUCCAUGCUCACAAUGGAUCAGCCACUUGACUUUGGACUACCUGCUUCCGUCCCGGAUUGGUUCCGACCUUUCCAAGCUAGGCUUCUUCAUGUGGAGUCUUUGGCUCAGGAGAACCAACGCCUUCGAGAGGAGCUCAACACAGCCCAGGCCCGUAUCGCUGAACUUGAAGCCUCUCAAACCCAACAACCACAACAACCACAACAACCCAAGCUUCACGUCGGCACAGAGGCUUCUAAGUGGAAAUCAACCUCUGCUACCCCUACCGCCAAGCCUAAUCCUCCCCCUCAGCCAGCCACUAUUCCUGCUCCUUAUAAGGCAGCUGCCUUGAAAGGAAAGAAAACUGCCCCUCCUGCGCCCAAGCCCUCCACCACUCGCCCUCGCAAGGUGUUGUCCACCCGACAACUUCAAGUGGUGGCACGUACGUUCACUCCCGUCUCUGGUACCCACGGGUACCAGUAUAUUUAUCUUCCUUGCCGCUUCCGUGAGCCUAUCACUAGUGCUCGUGGUAAGCUAGCCAAGCUUCGCUUGGAGAAUUCCCGUAUUCUCCACUUAUACUAUCCUACCAGUCGUGUAGUCGCCAUCCUGGUACACAAUGACUAUGUAGAAUAUACCUUGACUACACUCAAAAAGGCAGGCAUCAAGCCUCUGGAAGAAUUCAACCCUCGCGACGCUACUCAUCUUCGAGAUUCCAAGUUCGCUGAUCUCACAAAUCACGAACGACAUCUCAAGAUGUAUGAGAUUCACACCGCCUCUCUUCUCCGUGCCUUGGAUCGCGUACGCGUGGAAGUGCGUCCCUCAGUUGCCCGUUCCUUUCUCAACAAGUCUUGGAUCACUCAAGAACAAUAUCAAGGCCUCUUGAGCAAGUCCCGCCCUCCACGUCAAGCCUCCACCAAGGUCAACGCCUCCUUUUUGGAUGUCACUAUGGACGAAGUUCCCCCUCAAGACUCUAUCCCACCUACUCAAGACCAACCUUCUCCUACUGGUGCCGGUGAACCAGCUGAAGAGCUCUUAUGA